UUUAGACUGAGCUCAGUCUGAGUCCGUCCGUUUAUUACUGGACGGUCACAAAAGGAAGUUUUUAAAUAACUUUUAUAACUAUUUUUAAUUUUUUUAAAGAAAGAAACCUGAAGAUGGAUUCUCGAUUCGCUCACCUGCGUCAGCGGGACACCAGUGUGUCCAUGCUGAGGGUCAAAAUGUCCCGCAGGAGAUCUCAGUCCCAGAAGGAGAACCGUGAACGCGCUGUGAACACACGCAGGCAGCUGGACAAACUACCUGAGCUGGAGAUGUCUUCCCUGGACGCCUCAAUGGCUGUGACCAACAUGUCCAUCAUUCAGGAGAAGACUCUGAACCAGACGAAAUCUGCUAAAAAUGCAGCCGGAGAGGAGCGGCUUAAACAGCUGGAGCGCUGGAAAGAGCGCAAGACUCUGGAGAAAGAGAAGGAGAAGAGAGAGAGGGAGCGCAAAGGGGUGUUUAAAACCGGCAUGUAUCAUCCCAAGGACACUCUGAUUAUUUCCUCUCUGCCCCCCGUCCCUGCUGCCUCCUCCAAAGCCAAGGAGACAAAAGUGAACUCAGCUCCAUCCCAGAGCAUCAGAGUCACCCGUUCAAUGAAACAGCAGCCGCAGCAAGUUCAGAGGCCUCUGAAGAUGCAGGAUCCAAAUACUGCAGCAAAGAAAGCUCAACCUGCUGUGGAGAGAUCAACCAGGAGCCGAGCCGCUCCGGCCAAACCUGCACCAGCCGCGUCCAGGACCAAAGUUUGUGUGGUGGAGCCUGUCGCACGAGCGCCGCCGAGCCGAUCAGCCAACAGGCCUCCUGUUACAGCAGCUCCUCUGGUGAAAGACAAACCCAAGGGCAAGUCUGCAGAUGUCAGAGCAACCAGGAGCAGAGCAUUUGUGGCCCCCUCCUCUGACAAAGAAACAAGCUGCAAAGCAGCUGUCACCAGCACUGUGGAGCCGUCUGCGCCCGAGCAACCAGAGGACAAUCCUCGUCCCUCUGGCCCCACGCCACGUCCAGCAGAGGAGGACAUGGUGGUGGACCAAGCUCCUGCUGUGGGUCCUGCUGAAGCUCCAUCCUCUUUCUCCUCUUUUGCUCCGGAUGGUUUCGUGUUCCAGGCUCCCACCGGUCUGUCCUCCUUCAAGUUUGAGCCUCUCACUCCUCGCUCAGCAGACGCCUUCCUCACACCCAGCUCCAGCUUCACUCUCCCAGAGGUCCCCUCCUUCAGCAUUGAGCCUCAGGCCGAAACGAGCAAACCCUCUCCCCGUAAAUCCCCUCGCUGUCACUCUCCUGCUCCUACACUCCCCACAGCGGGCCCUGCCACUCCAGGCAGCCCCCUUGAGUCAAAACAUGACGUACCGUACUUCAGAUCAGAAAUUUCCACUGAGACGGACAGACUGACGUCUCUGUGUUUCCACUGGGAGUCUAAAGUGGAGGACGAGUCCAUUCCAGAGGACAUGAGAGACCGUAUGCGCACGGCGGUAGGCCAGGCGAGGCUUUUGAUGAAGGAGCGCUUCAGACAGUUCGGCGGUCUGGUGGACGACUGCGAGCUGGGCCGAGGGGAGAAGAUCACCACCUGCACCGACCUGCAGGGGUUCUGGGACAUGGUGUAUUACCAGGUCGAGGACGUCAACAGGAAGUUUGAUGCUCUGAAAGAAGCAGAGAGCCGAGGCUGGGAGGAAGAGCACAAACCGCCACCACGGCAGAGGAAAGUAGUCAAGAAACCAGCUGCAACUGCGAAGCCAACAGGAACCAAAGCAGCAGCCAAGUCUCGCCUGGCUGCUGUGAAAGCAGCCAUGAAAGCCCGACAGCUGGAGGAGAAGGCAGCAAAGGAUGCUGGGAAUGAUGAGGACAACCCCAGCCUGAACUCUCAGGAACCACAGCCCCAGGCAGAGCCCCAGGCAGCAGCAGCAGCAGCAGUGGCGGCAGCAGCCCCGGUGGUGUUCGACGGAGGCUUCUUCCAGGUGGAGAGUCCCGCCAAACCACCAGGUUCACUGAGAAGAUCGAGCCGUCUGAGUGCAGCGGUGCUUCCUCAGGCCUCUCCCUGCUCCAACUACCUCUCACCCAGAAGAGUCACCCGGCGAUCCCUGGCUCUGGCUCAGACCCCGGUCGAGCCCGCUGCCUCUCCCGCUCACCUCCGUCUCACCCUCAGCCAAACACCAGCACCAAGGUCUCAGCGGGGCACUCCUCAAACAUGCCACAAGAGGAAAGACGCUGUGAACGGCUCCCUCUGUUUCUCACCUGUCAACGACGUGCAGCCAGAGGACAGCCAGCCUGAGGGACAGCUGUCAGAAACCAUCUCUGCUUCUGUUCCUGCGCUCCAACAUUUACCUCCAUCCAUCUCUGUGGUCCAGGAGAAAGACGAACCAGCUGACCUCCCUCUCUCUCCAAGACUUUCCCUCUCUUCUUGCAGGUCACCUGCAGCUGUCCCCGCGGCCCCUGAGCCCUCGUCCUCCCUGAGUUUCCUGUUGUCCCCCUGUGUGACACCCAGUCAGCCUGCUGCUGCUGUGUGUGACACCCCAGACAGCUCAGCGGUGGAGGAACUUCCUGGGUUGGACUUUGAGCGUUACCUGCAGCCAUCACAGAGAUGCAGUCUGUCACCGCGGGACACGGUUGCCGUGGAGUUGUCCCCGAUGGCGGUGGAUGUGGAGAUGGAGAGUCCCAGAAGUCAAUCAGAGGACCUGCUUACUCAGCAACAACCAGCUCAUCCAGCGGUGUCCUCAGGGUUCACUCUUGACUCACCACAGGUCCAGACGGCUGAGUCUGCCAUGCUCCUGUUCACCCCGGAGCUGAAGGACCGGAUACGCGCGUCUGUCUGUCCAAGUGACCUGAUGGUCUUCACCCCUCCCCUCUGAUGUGUAGCAAAAAGUUCUAUUCUGUUCAGUCUUUUUCUUUUAAAACAUAUAUAAGCUUCUUCAGUUACUGUCUUUGAAAAGAAAAAAAAUGAUCUGAGUG